CUCAAACUCUACUUAAGUUUUUAUCUUCCUAUGUACAUCCUCUCGCGACCUCGUCACCUCGACGAGCCUUGCUAGAUAUAUAGCAUCGAUUGGAUCUCCGUAUUAGCGCAACAUCCACAAAAUCCGUCAAUUAUCGACUCAACGACUCAUUAACACUUUUUUUUCGGGUUCUCGAACACAAGUGCAAAUCAUGGAUCUAGUGCAUGGCACAUGCGCUGAGAAGUUUGGAUCGCUACAGAAACUGCUGCUUCAAUUCAUCGAGUCAGGUGAAGAACUUGGAGGAUCUAUCACAGUGAACAUCGACGGCCAGAAUGUAGUCGACAUCUGGGGAGGUUAUUUCGAUGAAGGCCGCACUCAGCUUUGGGAGAGAGACACAAUUACAAAUGUCUUUUCAACGACAAAGACUGUGACAGCGCUUGCAGGACUCAUGCUGGUUGACCGAGGAUUGCUAGACUUGAACGCCAAAGUCUCUCAGUAUUGGCCCGAGUUUAAUCAGAGCGGGAAAGGGGACAUCGAAAUUCGCCAUGUGCUAACUCACAACACCGGUCUUCCAGGCUGGGAGCAGCCAGUUUCCCUGGAAGAUGUGUGCGACUUUAAAAAAGCUACCACGAUGCUUGCAACACAAGCCCCAUGGUGGAAGCCAGGAACUGCUUCUGGCUACCAAUCUUUUACUAUGGGGCACCUCGUCGGGGAACUCGUAUUCCGAGUCACAGGGAAGACGUUGAAGAAAUUUGUUGCGGACGAGAUAGCCGUACCGCUCAAGGCUGAUUUCCAAAUUGGCGUUUCGGAUGCAGAUUUGCACCGUGUAUCGGAUGUAGUACCGCCAAAAGCAGACGAAGUCCAUUUACAGCCAGGUUCUGUCCAAUACAAGGUGUUGAAAAACCCCAAAUUCCAUUCUAGUUCUGCCAACAGCAAAUUAUGGAGGGAAGCGGAUCUCGGCGGGGCAAAUGGUCAUGGCAAUGCGCGGUCGAUCGCACGGAUACUCUCCGCCAUAUCGCUAGGGGGUAGGGUGGACGGCCAUGAGGUUCUCUCUCCGACAAUUAUUAACACUGUGGUGGAGGAACAGUCAAUGGGUCAGGAUAUGGUGAUAGCAGCACCCGUCAGAUUCGGCAUGGGUUUUGGCCUUACUGGGAAAGACACUUUUGUGGAUUGGCUUCCCACUGGCCGUAUUUGCUUCUGGGGUGGUUUCGGCGGAUCGAUUAUUAUCAUGGAUCUUGAUCGGCGCCUGACAAUAUGCUAUGUUAUGAACAAACUUGAUAACGUGGGACUGGGCUCAAACCGAGCGAGGGCUUACGUUAAAGCAAUUUACCAGGGGCUCGGAAUUUGUCUUAAUUGUUAAUAGCCUAAAUGAACCACUGAAGCAAUGAGCCGCAUGG